AUGUCGUACACACCUUCCUAUGGCCCAGCACCGCCAGCCUAUGGAGGCAAUAGCACCAUUCAGUCCUUAACGUCGUACUUGAGCUCCUCUCUCUCCAGCUUUAGUACUAGUUACGCCUAUGAGACGACUUCUACCGUGUCCAGCAGCAGUGUGUCGAGCCAAUCUUUGACUUCUUCUUCCAGCCUGGUCUCAUCUAGCAGCGCUUCAUCAACGACUGUCACUGUGGCUACAGUUUCGACAAUCACGCUUUCCGAUUCGACAAGUACGGGCCUUUCCACGACUUCAACAAUCAGCACAAGCAUCAGCAUCCCCACCAUCACCACGAUCUCGUCGUCGUCCAGCUCCUCGGGUAGCUACACGCCACCGACCACUACAGAAGCGGAAACCUCUUCGCUCUCUUCCACAACCUCUGGCUCAUACGGCUGUCCAAACUGCUUCUUCGGCGCCACCUCAGCAACGCUCUACUCCUUCCCCGCCACCAUCGUCGAAACCGUCACAGCCGUGCACAUCCCGUACGAAUCCGUCUGUGAAAAUGAAAGUACCUCGACCUGGACUUCUGUCGCUUAUGUUCCUGUCACCCCAACUGCGGACGAUUUGCUGUUUAGCCAUACGUCUCAGAUGGUGUGGGUGAUGGAGGGGGUUACGAUGACCUACCCAACAACAUACGCCCACUUCCUCGGCUUCGAGCGUAAUACUUUCGUCCCGUCUCCCACUGCCGUCGGAGUCUCCAUCACCGCCUCAGCUACAGAAGAUGCAUGUCCCUCUGGCAGUACCUUCGCAACCCCAAUCUUCAUCCCGACUUCCGCGUCGAUCAAAUCCGCCUCCCUCAUCGCUCCUAUUACAGAAGUGCCCGUGACCACAACAGUCGGCAGUGACCUCUUCUUCUCAAUCCCUAUGCCGACGACGAUGGUGUCCUACCUCCAAGACAUCGGACGCUUACACUCCAUCCCGGGCCUCAGGAACGUCGAGUCGUGCGGAGCACUCCAGACAUUCUACGCCAACACCUCCCCCACCGCAUCUCCUACUCUCACAGCAUCCUGUACAACCUCCACAUCUUCAACAACACUCUACACCACUCUCACUUCCACAUGUGAAGAUGGAGAGGUUCUGACGAGUUCUUACGCUACAUCCACGAGUGCAGAAGCCAUGGGAGUGAGGUGCGAGGGUGGAACUGUGACUGUGAAGAAUGAGAAGAGGCAGGUGUUGACGUCCCCAGCGGUGCAGCAGAUUGGGGGUAUUCCCGGCGAUGGGACGGUUUGGGGGGCUACGUGGUUGGAGGUCUCGACGGCGGGGACGAGGACGGUUCGGGAGGGGAGUGUUGUGGGAAGUGGUGGGGCUGCGGAGACAGGUAUUUGA